AUGGCAGAGGCUUUUAGCAGAAUUAUUAAGUCUAAGUAUGAUCAAGAGCUCUGGAGGGGUGCACAUAUUGAAGGUACAUCUGUGUCAGUUACACACUCUUUAUUUGAUGAUCACACACUGUUGUUCGGUAAAGCAAAUGUUCAGGAGGCAAAGCAAAUCAGGCAAACUUUGGAACUCUACAUGGCGGUUUUAGGUCAAAGAAUUAAUGCCCAAAAAUCUAAAAUAUAUGUUUUUAAUACAAAUGAUAUAGUCACAAGGAAUAUUGUGGAUUCUUUGGGUUUUUCUCCAGAAUGUCUUCCUUCCACAUAUCUUGGCAUUCCCAUUUUUGUUGGUGCCAAUAAGAAAGCUUAUUGGAAAGCUAUUAUAGAUAGAAUUAAGAAUGUCAUAUCCACAUGGAAGGCCUGCUAG